UCAGUAUUAACAUUAUUGUUUUUAUAAUUUAACAGUAAUCCUUUGAGAGUAUUUGGAUGCUUAGCCGAGAUACAGCCUAGUCAUUUGUUGCAUUAUAUAAAUGUUAAUAUUUAUAUGAGCAGAUGUUAUUUCUCAUGGGGCGGAGUUUCUACUGUCUCACCUAUUCAUACGCCUUACCAUUUGUUAAGUUCGGCGAUUGUUUGUUUCAUGUAUCUAUGUUCAGCUGAUUAUUUGUAAAUACUGCUUUUCGUUAAGGCUGUUCAUUUGACCAAAGAGCUGUAUAUGAUGCAUUGGGUUUAGAUUGUUAUAUUAUUUAAGGAAUGGACCUGAGCACACUUUGUUGUUAAAAGCCGAGGAUUUUAUUGGUUCAUUUUGUCACGUGGUAACUGAGUCGGAAUCUAUAAAUACGGACUCAGAAUUCAGUCUCAGCAUCUUCUUUCUGGAGUUCACACCUCCUUAAGACAACCAACAACAACGAUGACGUUCGAAUGCUGGUUUGCCGGAUGCGAAAAGAUUUUCACAACUCGUGAUCAGCUGAGGAACCACGUCAGCAACCACGGGUACCUACGGGUGGUCUGUCCAUGGUGCAGCGAGGAUGAGAAGUCCAAGAGACGGAUGGUUGACCUCAAGAGACAUGUGAGUGAGUGUCACGUCAGGGUGAUCGCGGACGAUGAGAGACUUCACUUCUUACGUGAGCGUUGUGGGUUCUUCUUGGCCAUCAAUCCAGAUGAUUACAAGCGUGCUAUUGGAACACCGGAGGAGGAUCCUGCCUCAGAUUACCUGAAGGAUGCCGUCAGAGGAUUGUGUGCCAAGAACCCAAAGGGGCGUUCCAUCACGGAGUGGGAGAAGGGUUGGCGGUCCGUCCAACCAUAUUCCCCGACGAAACCGCAGGUCAACACCAUCGUAUCCGUGACCAUGGCUCAAUCGGGAGUUCAUGCGGUGCUGUGGGUAGGUGACAAGAACUACAGAAGAGUGACUGUAUCACCAGCCGUUAUCGGGCAGCCAAAGAAGCGAGAAGCCUUAUUUCGACGGAUGGCAGUCGCCCACACCCCAAGCGAUCUUCCGCCUUGUCUGGACGACUGGACAUCUUGCGAGGACACGCCGUCUGAACGUCUGGCAAGAUGUCUAGGAGUGGACAUCGAGGAUCUUGUUCUCAUUGAAGCCCCCCUCACUUCCAAUGCACAGUCGUCUACUCCAUGUCCGACUUCCCCACUACCUGAAUCACCAAAGAUCUCUUUGCACUCUCCCCAGAAGUCGCCGCCCAGAAAAGUCCAGAAACGUGAUCCUGACAUAUCCCUCAGUGCCGUUGCUGCCCCACCUCAUAGUCGGAAGUUGACCUUCGAGCAAUUGUUCAAUGACUUGGAAAGGCCAACGAAGUCACCUAAAACAUCAUCACCCACGUGUCAACCGAAGUCACCUGUGGAAAUUAUUUCCUCGGCAGAUGGGCAUCACACACCCCUGAAGUCUCUACCCCGUCAACUUCAGGCACCACCAUCCAAACAGCCCCUCCCGAAGUCUCUUCCCCGUCAACUUCAGGCAACACCAUUCACACAGCCCCUCCCGAAGUCCCUUCCCCGUCAACUUCAAGCACCACCAUCCACCCAGCCCCUCCCGACGUCCCGAACACCAGUCAGUCCUGCACAGAAUACUCCCGUGUUGCAGGUCUGGCCCAAUUCCUCGCCAGUGGCGCCAAGACAACUACUGAUUCCUCCAAGUCCUGGCUCAGUAUCGUCUCGGGUAUCUUCAGAUGUCAACUCUGCAAUAAAGGACAGUGCCAUGGCCCUACUUUGCUCUGGUGGGAUGCCUCUUUUUUCACCAGGCAGACGUGACUGGACGCUGGCUACGCCCGUAGCAUUGCCUGUCACUGGCCCUUUGAGUACAUGGCCCCCAGCCGACUGGCAACAGAUGUCACCAGAAGAUAAAUUGAUGGCGUGGGAGGCUACAGCCUAUACGUUGGGCGUUUCUUUCAACUUUCCUAUUUCAAGGAAUUACCUCUUGGAUGCGUUCCAGUGUCAGGCGCUGCCCGGGUCCCGAAACCCCUCUAUAAACUCCCAUGAAGCACAGAUGCGCCAUUUUAAUUACAUGGCCCUCAGAAACAUCGCUGUUGAAAAAACACCUAAUGGACCAUGUGACAGCAACAUUGUCGCCAGUCUGCAAGCAGCUUCUUCCCUGAGCAUGUCACAAGUUGAGGGACCAUACAAAACUUUCAUCUCUUCGCUAGAAGGCAUCCCACUCCGCCUCCAUUCUUCGGAGUCGCGUUCAGGAAGUAGAUCAAGCAGCCUCAGGAAGAAAUGAAAAUC